UCCAUAUUGUUUUUUCACGACUCAAUUUUCGGACAUUUUUUAUGUUUUCGGUAUAUGAGUAUUAAGCCGUGGCCUGUUGUAUAUUUAUAUAUGUAUAUGUAUGUCUAUGGCUGUUGGCUACAGAUUAAAGUUAAAAGGCUUGCCUUUUUAAAACAAGAGUUUAUGAUAAGAAGACUGCUUCCAAAUUUCAUUUUGAUUCAUUGAGUCAAAUUUCUUUUUUAUUAUUUUCCCUGUACUCAUAUUUGUUUUGAUAUGAAUGAAUAAAUAUGCAAACUAGUGUAAUAUAAAACUGUAAAAAUACAAAAAAUGAAAUAUAUUUAUAUCAAAACCGUGAACAGAUUUACGUUAACACAUAAACAUGUUUACUGGUGUUCUGUUUAAAAAUUCCGAUUGUAUUGACGCUCGUGAAUACAUUGAAUAGAUAAGAUAGACAGAAUAACACAAAACAAGGAGAAAUGGCCUCGGCUGCUACAUCACCGACGGAAGACGAUGAAUUAACAUUACCGCGUGCAUCGAUCAACAAGAUAAUCAAAGAAAUUUUACCACAUGUACGCGUAGCAAACGAAUCCCGGGAAUUGAUAUUAAAUUGUUGCACAGAAUUUAUUCAUUUAGUUUCUUCCGAGGCGAAUGAAAUUUGUAAUCAACAACAGAAGAAAACCAUUAACGCUGAACAUAUUCUUCAAGCACUUGAAAAACUUGGAUUUGGAGAUUAUAGCGUAGAAGCUGAGGCGGUUCUACGAGAUUGCAAAGCUGUCGCUGCUAAACGAAGACGUCAGAGCACUAGAUUAGAAAAUUUGGGAAUUCCGGAAGAAGAACUCCUUAGACAACAACAAGAAUUAUUUGCAAAAGCAAGAGAAGAACAAGCGGUUGCUGAACAACAACAGUGGCAACAAUUACAAGCAGUUGCAAAAAUGGCCUCGAUACUACAGUCUGAUAGUGAACAAGAAGAUUACUCGUAAACGAAGCUUACUUUAUUCGAUUUGUCAAUGUAUUUCGUCGAGAUCGAUUGAAAACGAAUAAAAAGUGAUUUCUAAGCAGUGUAGCAAAUUUGGGAUAAUUACAAUAAUGUAUAUUGCUCUAAUCUUUCUUUGAUUUAUUCAACUUUUACAUAUUGUUAUGUAUAUAUAACUUGGGAAAAGUUAGGAGAUCAUUGCUUUCCUGCUUCUGCGAUUGUGUUAUAAAUAAAUACAAAAAAUGAUGACCCUUUUAUAUAGUUCUGCGCACAUUGCUUCAUGCACAACUCAUUCGCUGCAUAUGUACUGUACUUGAAGAUUAUGGCAUUAAUCUCCCAUAUUCGGAGGAAAGGUGACUUUUUUUAAUUGCUUCCAUCACUCUUGAAACAUAGUGGUACCUAAGUAAUUUAUAAAAUGAUUAUAAAAUGAUUAUUAUAAAAUGUAAUGAGAAUAAAUUACUUUUAUUUCUUAUA